AUGCCAAAUCAAGUAUUCGUCAACAAGGAGAAUCGAAGGUUCGAAGAGAAGAAUGGCUUGCAGGUCAAACGAAACUGGCCGAAUCAAUGGAGGCUCUUGUUGCGACCACGCAUUGACGUAAGAGAGACUGUCGACGGCGACCUUGGUGACGACGGCAGUGAGCUGCGCGAGGAAAGCAGAGAGACGGGCCGACUCAAGAAGCGCGUGGUGCUCAGGUCCAUGGGCUUCUGCGGCUAUUGGCCCGCGGUGCUGCGGCUCUUUGCAGCCCAGCAGAUGGCAUCGGUCGCCGCAAAUGCGUGCAUCCGGAGCUGGUCCGGCUCUUACACUCACAGCGAGUCAGACGUCUCGACAUUCAUGCUUGACGCGGGCAGUGUCUCUCGCUGGUUCCCCGUCGUCGGCCAGACAAACAGCAAGGUAUCUUCACACCCGGGGACAGCCUACUACCUCGGCAUUUACGCGGGCCUAGGAUUCGCCUUUAUGGCGUUGACGGCUCUGCGCGAGAACGCCGUGUUCGCCGGGUCCAUGUUGGCAUCGCGGAAGAUGCACCUCCGCCUAUUCGAGGCCGUGGUGCACGCCAAGAUGCGCUUCUUCGACGCUACGCCGUUUGGGUAG